CAAUAUUAUGAUGCCGAAAUGCCGAAUUGGUGAACUCCGGUUUCCAAUUUCCGGAGACUUAAGUUAAAUACUAUAGUAUUUGCUAUAGUACAGAAAUUAAAAAAUCUGUAUUUUUGCAUUUUUGACAAAGUCUUGAGAGUUGAGAGACUUCUAAGUGAUUUCUGCAUCUACAUCUUCUGUAUUGUUUUACAUAUAUUUUUGUUUAAAACCUUAUUCAGUAAUACAUAUUUGCUACUUGUUACAUUUUAGCAAAUAAUGGCAGCAGAUAACUAUCGAUUCGCAGAAAGUGAUAGUUUACUAUGUUAUCAUGGACCAAUGUUGUAUGAAGCAAAAUGCUUAAAAAGGAGGAAGGCAAAUGAUGGUAAAGCACAAUAUUUUAUCCAUUACAAAGGCUGGAACAGUAAAUGGGAAGAAUGGGUUGAUGACAAUCGAGUAUUGUCUGUUAAUGCUGCCAAUAUGAACAAAAUGGCAUCAUUAAAAGAAAUACAUUCAAACACAAAAAAGAGUGGAUCAAAACGUUCUAUCACUAUAGUUAAAGAAGAAACAAUACGCAAUGUUGUAACGCCUCCAUUAAAAGGAAAAAAACGUAAAUAUUCAGAAAUGUCAUCAGAAUUAAAUCAAAUAGUAAAUGUUCCAUCGCCAACCGAACCAAAACCAAAAAAACGAGGUCGUCCUCCAAAAAUGAUAACUCCUAAAAUUGAAGAAACUGAACCAACAAAAUCAGUUGAUACAACUAUAGUAACUGAAACAGAGUUAGCUGAAUCAACUGAAGAAAAUAAAGUGAUUGACAAAGCAACUAAAGAAGAAGACACUGCAACAAUAGUAGACACUGCUAAAAAAGAUAACACUCCCAAAAAAGAAAACACACUUAAAAAAUAUAAUACUCCUAAAAAAGAAAGUGCUCUUAAAAAAAAUGACAUUCUUAAAAAAGAAGACACUAUUAACAAAGAUGCCACUCCUAAAAAAAAUGCCAAUCCUAAUAAAGAAGACACACCUAAAAAAGAAGACACACCUAAAAAAGAAGACACACCUAAAAAAGAAGACACUCCUAAAAUAGAAGAUGAUCCUAAAAAAGAAGACACACCUAAAAAAGAAGAUACUCCUAAAAAAGAAGACACUCCUAAAAAAGAAGACACUCCUAAAAAAAAAGACACUCCUAACAACGAGGACACUCCUAAAAAAGAAGACACUCCUAACAACGAAGAUACUCCUAAAAAGGAAGACACUCCUAAAAAAGAAGACACUCCUAAAAAGGUUGGAAUAAGUAAAACAAUAGACGAAGCAACUGAAGAAGUUUUAGAUUCUAAAAAAGUGGAAGUAAAUAAAACUAUUGAAGCUACUAAAGAAGAGGAAGAAACAACUAAAACAGCUGAUGAAGAAAUUAAAGUACAUGAAGAAGUUGAAAAAGCUACUGAAGAACUUGAAAAAACUAAAGUUGUUGAACCAUGUGAGGGAACUAUAAACAUUGAAGGAACUGAAACAAUUAAAGAAGAUGAAGAAUCUGAAACAGUUGAAAGAACCAAAGACAUUGAGGAAACUGAAACUGAAAAUGUUGAAGGUAUUGAAUCGAUUGAAGAGUUUGAAGCUGAAGACCAUGAAGCUGAGGAGUUUGAAGCGGAGGAGUUUGAAGGUGAAGAGAUUGAAGGUGAAGAGAUUGAAGGUGAAGAGAUUGAAGGUGAAGAACUUGAAGGUGAAGGGCUUGAAGCUGAAGAGCUUGAAGGUGAAGAGUUUGAAGGUGAAGAGUUUGAAGGUGAAGAGUUUGAAGGUGAAGAGUUUGAAGGUGAAGAGCUUGAAGGUGAAGAGCUGGAUACAUAUUAUGGAACUGAAGAAUUAGAAGAAUCUACAGAUGAUGAGAGAUUAUCAGAUGAAGAAUCUGAUAGUGAAGAAGCUAAGGAAUUUAUUAGAAAGAUUACUGAAACUUAUAUCAGAAUUACAAAAGAAAAAGAAAUUGAAGAAGCUAAAAAAAAAGAAGAAACAGAUGAUACAUUUACUGUUCCAGCUCCAGUAGUAAAAAUAACACCAAAAAUCAUCGUACCAGAAGUAAUAAGACGAAGAAUUGCUUUUGAUUAUCAAAUGGUUGUGAACAGGAAUCAAAUAUUAAAAUUUUCAAAAACACACACUAUCAAUCGUUUGAUCAAAGAUUUUCAAAAUUCAGACCCUGAAUCUUCUGAUGAAAAUGAAACCAUUGGUCUAACAUUCAUACAGUAUUUCAAUGCUCUUAUACAUAGACGAUUAUUGUAUACACCAGAAAAAAAGAUUAAAAUGCGUAAAAAGGCAUUGAAAAGUUUGAAAACCGAUUUGAAGGAUGGUGAAGUCUUCGAUUGUAGUAAUAACUUAUAUCCUCGAAAAUUAUGGCAUUUGGUGUAUGGACCUUCAUAUCUAAUAAGAUUAUUUGUUUUACUUCCUGAAAUUGUGGCAUCCUAUAGUUAUUUAGAGGCGGAUACAGCUAUUCUUAUUGAAAAGUUUGAAGUUUUUAUGAAGUUUAUUGCAGUCAAUUUUGAUCAAUAUUUUUCAGACAAAUCCCAAGAUUAUAUUGAAACAAAAUAAGAAAUCGAUUAUGAUGUCUUUGAAAAAUAUAUUAUAUUACAUUACGGAAUAACUAAACUAUUAAUAGUUAAGUAUUUGAUAAAUAUAAAGCAUAAUUUGUGUACUGUGUACAUUAAAUAUUUUAUAAUUAAAAUAACAAUACCUUGAUUGGUUUUUAAUUUUGGUCAAUUAUGAUAAUAGUUAUAAUAUAAUGUAUGAAAUAAAAUAGUCAUAAUUUUUUAA